AUGGGGGCUGUGGCCAUCACACACCCCCGUCCCCCCGCUCCAGGUCAAGCACCCCCACCCAGAACCGGGCUGGCCGCCUCGCUUGAGACUGGUCCCCCGCAGGCAUCCCACCAGCCGUCUGACCAGGAGCUGCCCUGGCACCUUCUUCCUCUAAUUCACCUUCUCAAGUGGUCUCGGGUCUCUUGGUUCACCUCCUUGGAAGAUUCGCCACCCCCUGCCCACUGGCUGCAUGCCUGCCCUUCCCGGGGGCUGUACCACCUCCCUGACCCAAUCCAACAAGACAGCCUCAGUCCUCUUGACGAUGGUCAUGUACACCCCCAAGCUAAGCUGUACCGGCUAGAGUUAGAUGGACAGCAUUUCAAGUGUGCAGGAAUUGGGGAGGGCUCAGGUUACCCAGAAGACCCAGGAAGCCUCAGCAUCCUGCGUCAUGCUGCCCACCCACCCCCAGAUGGAGGGCCUUGUGCAUCCAAGGGGUGUAUCUACCUGACCCACUUCCCCUCCCGCCUCCUGGUGCAGGGAGGUGGUGGCCUGGGGACUUCUCUGUGCCUCUUUCACCCUCUGUUGCUGGAGUCCCGGACACUGCCUGGGGACCUGAGUGCCUACUUGCCUCCCACGGGACCUGACCAAAGCCAGUGGACUCUUGGAGGUAUGCAGUGCCAGGACCUGGCCACCAGGGAGCAGCAAGGCUUCUACUUGCUGACUGCAGACUCAGUGCUGCUGGAAGAAUCGUCAGGCAAACAACUGAAAGCGAGCUGCAGGCACCCCCGGAAAAAGCCACAGGGUGACCCAGGACCCAGGAGCAUGCGGCUGGCAGGAGAUGAGACAGCCGCCCAGCUAUGGGUGACCCUGCUGCCCACACCCAACAGCAGUGGGCUGAGCCAGGAGCUUGAAGGCCAUCAGCCUGAGAGCCCCGCGAUGUCCCCAUGUGUGGCUGGGGUCAUCCCUGUCAUCUACUACAGCGUCCUUCUGGGCCUGGGGCUGCCUGUCAAUCUCCUGACCACGGUGGCCCUGGCCCGCCUUGCCACCAGGACACGGAAGCCCUCCUACUACUACCUUCUGGCACUCACAGCCUCGGACAUCGUCACCCAGGUGGUCAUCGUGUUCGUGGGCUUCCUCCUGCAGGGAGCCGUGCUGGCCCGAGAGGUGCCCCAGGCCGUGGUACGCACAGCUAACAUCCUGGAGUUUGCUGCCAACCAUGCCUCGGUCUGGAUCGCCGUCCUGCUCACGGUGGACCGCUACAGUGCCCUGUGCCACCCCCUGCGCCACCGGGCCACCUCGUCCCCGGGCCGGGCCCAGCGGGCCGUUGCCGCUGUCCUCGGUGCUGCGCUGCUCACUGGCAUCCCCUUCUACUGGUGGCUGGAUGUGUGGAGGGACGCGGACCCGCCCAGCACACUGGACGAGGUGCUCAAGUGGGCUCACUGCCUCAUUGUCUAUUUCAUCCCUUGCGGCGUUUUCCUGGUGGCCAACCUGGCCAUCGUCCGCCGGCUGCAGCAGAGGGGCCGGAGCGGGCCGCGGCCCCAGGUGGGCAAGAGCACCGCCAUCCUCCUGGGCGUCACCACGCUCUUCGCCCUCCUCUGGGCACCCCGCAUCUUCGUCAUGCUCUACCACCUGUACGUGGCUCCCGUCUACCAUGACUGGAGGGUCCACCUGGCCCUGGAUGUGGCCAACAUGGUGGCCAUGCUCAACACUGCCGUCAACUUCAGCCUCUACUGUUUCGUCAGCAAGACUUUUCGGGCCACUGUCCGAGGGGUCUUCCAGGACGCCCACCUGCCCUGCACCCUGGGGUCACGGUCAGCGGGCAUGGUGGCAGAGCCUAUGCUGAAGCCUCCGGGACUCCCCAAGGGGGCAGAACUGUAGAGGAGGAGCCCACGCAGGGAGCUUGGGGUGGCUCAUGCUUGGAUUACUGGGGUCUUUGUGGGUGUGCCCACAAACUUUAUCAACACUCUCCAUUGCAAUCUGGGGGUGGGGAGAGAGGUUUCUUGCUUCAGGGGUGGUUCCGCAGGAAGCUAAAUUAAUGUUGGUGGGUUGAAUGAACGAAUGAAUAGAUGGAUGGAUGGAUGAAUAUGAAUUGCUUUUAUCCCA